CGUCUUAAAUUCACAACGCCUUCCCGUUUUAACCUUCCUAUUACUACUUUUUCUGUUGAGUGACCAUGUCUAUACUCAUAGAGUAAUCUUAUUUGACCAGAUCGACAAGACACUACCAUGGUGUCCAUAUUCGGACACUCUGUGUAUCACUUUGAUGUCGUCACUGUGUGGUUCUGUCUGCUUGCAGUCUCCCAGGCGGCGUAUGUUAAUGUCGCCCUCAACAAACCAGCGUACCAACAGGACCCACGGUAUAGUGACACACAUGACGCCAGUUACGCUGUAGACGGACGUAAAUCAGACCUGAGUAGGGAUGGAGGUCAAUGUGCUGUAUCACAGCCCAGACAAACCGCCACCUGGUGGGUGAACCUGACCACCAUCCAUAGCAUCCACCACAUCACCAUAUACUUCAUGACAAACGGAUUUGGGCUGGACUUUUAUUCUGGUUUGUCAAAUUACUUCAUUGGAUUCUCGGUGUACGUCUCCAACACAACAGACAGACUACAGGGAACACUGUGUUACAAGGACGAUAACUUUACAGCACUCACCUUACAUUCUGUCUUCACUACCACCUGUCCUGUACAUGGACAGUACGUUAUCUACUACAACGAGAGACUACCAGGAGUUAUCUACCCUAGAGGGUACUCUACAAUUGUUGACAUUAACCUCUGUGAAGUGGAGGUGUAUGGAUGCCCUGGAGGGUUUUACGGACCGAACUGUUCUAACGCCUGUCCAGAUACCAAUUGUUUCUGUCACUUAGAAACGGGCAUCUGUCAGGGCUGCAAGCCUGGGUAUCAAGGUUACCUGUGUAAAUCAGCGUGUGGUCGAGGAUAUUAUGGUGCUGAAUGUCAACAAGGAUGUGGACACUGCCGUGACUUAACUAAGUGUUUCCACACCAACGGGUCAUGUUUAACUGGGUGUGAAGCUGGUUAUCAUGGGGAAGCGUGUAAAGCAUCUUGCCCAUACGGGUUCUUUGGACCAGACUGUCUUCACGAAUGUAACGACACCUGUGAUGGUUGUAACAGAUUCAAUGGCUCUUGUGAUUCUGGAUGUAACCCUGGAUGGCAGGGAUAUGAGUGCCAAGAUGCUUGCGAUACAGGAUCAUUUGGUGAUAACUGCAGUAAAACAUGCGGACACUGUCGUGACGUCAACCAGUGUUCAAUUAUUAACGGAACAUGUUUGACUGGAUGUGAUGUUGGUUAUCACGGGGGCUUGUGUAAAACACUUUGCCCUUACGGAUUUUUUGGACCGGAUUGUGCUGACAGAUGUAACGACACCUGUGAUGGUUGUAACAGAUUCAAUGGUUCUUGUGAUACUGGGUGUAACCCCGGAUGGCAGGGAUAUGAGUGUCAAAAUGCUUGCGAUACAGGGUCUUUUGGUGACAACUGCAGUGAUAUAUGUGGAUACUGUCGUGACAUAGACCAGUGUUCUAAUAUCAACGGAACAUGUUUAACUGGGUGUGAUGCAGGCUAUCACAUGGACUUGUGUAAAACACCUUGUCCGUCCGGAUUCUUUGGACCAGACUGUGUUGACAUAUGUAAAGACGCCUGUGAUGGUUGUAACAGAUUCAAUGGUUCCUGUGAUUCUGGAUGCAACACCGGAUGGCAGGGAUAUGAGUGUCAGAUUGUUAAUGUCGCCCUCAACAAACCAGCGUACCAACAAUACCCAUUCAGUCGAUGGGGAGAUUACGACAUAUAUGACGCCAGUAACGCUGUAGACGGACGAAAAUCAAACCUGAGUUGGUAUGGAGGUCAAUGUGCUGUAUCAUAUCCUAAACAAACCGCCACCUGGUGGGUGAACCUGACCACCAUCCACAGCAUCUACAACAUCACCAUGUACUUCCUGACGAACAAUAAUCUACAGGACUUUUAUACUGGUUUGUCAAAUUACUUCCUUGGAUUCUCGGUGUACGUCUCCAACACAACAGACAGACUACAGGGAACACUGUGUUACAAGGACGAUAACUUUACAGCACUCACCAUACCUUCUGUCUUCACCACCGUCUGUCCUGUACAUGGACAGUACGUUAUCUACUACAACGAGAGACUACCAGGAGUUAUCUACCCUAGAGGGUACUCUACAACUGUUGACAUUAACCUCUGUGAAGUGGAGGUGUAUGGAUGUCCUGGAGGCUUUUACGGGGCUUACUGUUCUAACGCCUGUCCAGAUACCAAUUGUUACUGUCACUUAGAGACGGGCACCUGUCAGGGCUGCAAACCUGGGUAUCAAGGUUACCUGUGUAAAUCAGCUUGUGAUCGAGGAUAUUAUGGUGCAGAGUGUCAACAAGGAUGUGGACACUGCCGCGACUUAACUCAAUGCUUCCACACCAACGGGUCAUGCUUAACUGGGUGUGAAGCUGGUUAUCAUGGACAAAAAUGUGAAGCACCUUGCCCAUAUGGAUUGUUUGGACCGGACUGUGUUGACAGAUGCAAUGACACAUGUGAUGGAUGUAACCGAUUCAAUGGUUCUUGUGAUUCUGGGUGUUACCCCGGGUGGCAGGGAUAUGAGUGUCAAGAUGUUUGCGAUAAAGGAUCAUUUGGUGAUAACUGCAGUGAAACAUGUGGACCCUGUCGUGACAUAGACAAGUGUUCCAAUAUCAAUGGGACAUGUUUGACUGGAUGUUCUGCUGGUUAUCAGGGGGACUUGUGUAAAACAUCGUGUGGUCGAGGACUAUAUGGGGCUGAGUGUCAACAAGAAUGUGGACACUGUCGUGACUUAACUCAGUGCGUCCACACUAACGGGUCAUGUUUAACUGGGUGUGAAGCUGGUUAUCAUGGGGAAACAUGUGCAGCACCUUGUCCACACGGAUUCUUUGGACCGGACUGUGCUGACAGAUGUAACGACUCCUGUGAUGGUUGCAACAGAUUCAAUGGUUUUUGUGAUUCUGGGUGUAACCCUGGAUGGCAGGGAUAUGAGUGUCAAGAUGCUUGCGAUACAGAAUCAUUUGGUGAUAACUGCAGUAAAACAUGUGGACACUGUCGUGACGUCAACCACUGUUCCAAUAUUAACGGAACAUGUUUGACUGGAUGUGAUGUUGGUUAUCACGGAGACUUGUGUAAAACACCGUGCUCUUAUGGAUUUUUUGGACAAAAUUGUGCUGACAGAUGUAACGACACCUGUGAUGGUUGUAACAGAUUCAAUGGUUCUUGUGAUUCUGGAUGUAACCCUGGAUGGCAAGGAUAUGAGUGUCAAGAAGCUUGUGACAAGGAAUCGUUCGGUGAUAACUGCAGUAAAACAUGCGGACACUGUCGUGACGUCAACCAGUGUUCCAAUAUUAACGGAACAUGUAUGACUGGAUGUGAUGUUGGUUAUCACGGGGGCUUGUGUAAAACACCGUGCCCUUACGGAUUUUUUGGACACGAUUGUGCUGACAGAUGUAACGACACCUGUGAUGGUUGUAACAGAUUCAAUGGUUCUUGUGGUACUGGGUGUAACCCCGGAUGGCAAGGAUAUGAGUGUCAAAAUGCUUGCGAUACAGGGUCUUUUGGGGACAACUGCAGUGAUACAUGUGGAUACUGUCGUGACAUGGACCAGUGUUCUAAUAUCAACGGAACAUGUUUAACUGGGUGUGAUGCAGGUUAUCACGGGGACUUGUGUAAAACACCUUGUCCGUCCGGAUUCUUUGGACCAGACUGUGUUGACAUUUGUAAAGACGCCUGUGAUGGUUGUAACAGAUUCAAUGGUUCCUGUGAUUCUGGAUGUAACACCGGAUGGCAUGGAUAUGAGUGUCAGAUUGUUAAUGUCGCCCUCAACAAACCAACAUACCUACAGUACCCUGAUCCAGAUGACGACAGAUGGGACGCCAGUAACGCUGUGGACGGACGUAAAUCAGACCUGAGUUUGAAUGGAGGUCAAUGUGCCCUAUCAUGGUCCGGACAAACCGCCACCUGGUGGGUGAACCUGACCACCAUCCACAGCAUCCACAACAUCACCAUAUACUUCAGGACGGAUAAUAAUUUACAGGUUUUUUAUGGUUAUUGGACAAAGUACUUCCUUGGAUUCUCGGUGUACGUCUCCAACACAACAGACAGACUACAGGGAACACUGUGUUACAAGGACGACAACUUUACAACACUCACCAUACCUGCUGUCUUCACCACCAUAUGUCCUGUACAUGGACAGUACGUCAUCUACUACAACGAGAGACUACCAGGAGUUACCUACCCUAGAGGGUACUCUACAGAUGUUAACAGUAACCUCUGUGAAUUGGAGGUGUAUGGAUGUCCUGGAGGCUUUUACGGGGCUUACUGUUCUAACGCCUGUCCAGAUACCAAUUGUUACUGUCACUUAGAGACGGGCAUCUGUCAGGGCUGCAAACCUGGGUAUCAAGGUUACCUGUGUAAAUCAGCUUGUGUUCGAGGAUAUUAUGGUGCUGAGUGUCAACAAGAAUGUGGACACUGCCGUGACUUAACUCAAUGCUUCCACACCAACGGGUCAUGCUUAACUGGGUGUGCAGCUGGUUAUCAAGGACAAAAAUGUGAAGCACCUUGCCCAUAUGGAUUGUUUGGACCGGACUGUGUUGACAGAUGCAACGACACCUGUGAUGGAUGUAACAGAUUCAAUGGUUCCUGUGAUUCUGGGUGUAACCCUGGAUGGCAGGGAUAUGAGUGUCAAGAUGUUUGCGAUAAAGGAUCAUUUGGUGAUAACUGCAGUGAAACAUGUGGACCCUGUCGUGACAUAGACAAGUGUUCCAAUAUCAAUGGGACAUGUUUGACUGGAUGUUCUGCUGGUUAUCAGGGGGACUUGUGUAAAACAUCAUGUGUUCGAGGACAGUAUGGGGCUGAGUGUCAACAAGAAUGUGGACACUGCCGUGACUUAAACCAGUGCGUCCACACUAACGGGUCAUGUUUAACUGGUUGCAAAGCUGGUUAUCAUGGGGAAACAUGUGAAGCACCUUGCCCUUACGGAUUUUUUGGACUGGAUUGUGCUAACAGAUGUAACGACACCUGUGAUGGUUGUAACAGAUUCAAUGGUUCUUGUGAUACUGGGUGUAACCCCGGAUGGCAAGGAUAUGAGUGUCAAUAUGCUUGCGAUAAAGGAUCAUUUGGUCAUGACUGCAGUGAUACAUGUGGAUACUGUCGUGAUGUAAACCAGUGUUCCAAUAUUAACGGAACAUGUUUGGCUGGAUGUGCUGCUGGUUAUCAGGGGGACUUGUGUAAAACAUCUUGUCCAUACGGAUUCUUUGGAACGGAUUGUACAGACAGAUGUAACGAUACCUGUAAUGGUUGUAACAGAUUCAAUGGUUCUUGUGAUUCUGGGUGUAAACCUGGAUGGCAGGGAUAUGACUGUCAUAACGCUUGUGAAAAAGGAUCAUUUGGUGACAACUGCAGUAAAAUAUGCGGACAGUGUCGUGACGUAGACAAGUGUUCCCAUAUCAACGGAACAUGUUUGACUGGAUGUGCUGCUGGUUAUCAAGGAGAAAUCUGUAAAACACCGUGUGGUCAAGGAUAUCAUGGUGCUGGGUGUCAACAAGAAUGUGGACACUGCCGUGACUUAACUCAGUGUUUCCACACCAACGGGUCAUGCUUAACUGGGUGUGAAGCUGGUUACCAUGGGGAAACAUGUAAAGCACCUUGCCCAUACGGAUUCUUUGGACCGGAUUGUGUUGACAGAUGUAACGACACCUGUGAUGGUUGUAACAGAUUCAAUGGUUCCUGUGAUUCUGGUUGUAACCCUGGGUGGCAUGGAUAUCAGUGUCAAGAUGCUUGCGAUGAAGAAUCAUUUGGUGAUAACUGCAGUGAAACAUGCGGACACUGUCGUGACAUAGACCAGUGUUCCAAUAUCAAUGGGACAUGUUUGACUGGAUGUUCUGCUGGUCAUCAGGGGGACUUGUGUAAAACAUCUUGUCCACGCGGAUUCUUUGGACCGGAUUGUGCUAACAGAUGUGUCAACACCUGUGAUGGCUGUAACAGAUUCAAUGGUUCUUGUGAUUUUGGGUGUAACCCCGGAUGGCAGGGAUACAAGUGUCAAGAAGCUUGCGAUAAAGGAUCAUUUGGUGACAACUGUAUUGAAACAUGUGGAUACUGUCGUGACGUAGGCAAAUGCUCUAAUAUAAAUGGAACGUGUUUGACUGGAUGUGAUGCUGGUUAUCACAAAGACCUGUGUAAAACACCUUGUCCAUACGCAUUCUUUGGACCAGACUGUGCCAACAGAUGUAAUGACACCUGUGAUGGUUGUGACAGAUUCAAUGGUUCCUGUAAUUCUGGGUGUAACCCCGGAUGGCAGGGACUAGAGUGUCAGGAUGCUUGUGAUAAAGGGUCAUUUGGUGACAACUGCAGUGAAUCCUGUGGACACUGUCGUGACGUAGACAAGUGUUCCAAUAUCAACGGAACAUGUUUGACUGGAUGUGAUGCUGGUUUUCAGGGGAAAUUAUGUAAAACACAAUGUGACAGAGGAUCAUUUGGUGUCGGCUGCAAUGAAACAUGUGGACACUGUCGAGACGUAAACCAAUGCUUCCAUACAAACGGAACAUGUUUAACAGGAUGUAUUGCUGGCUUUCAAGGGGACGUGUGUAAAACACCUUGCCAGCAAGGGUCUUUUGGAGAAAACUGCAUUAAAAAAUGUCUCGAAAACUGUGCAGGUUGUAAUGAUGUCACUGGUCUGUGUGAAUAUGGAUGUCUCCAAGGGUAUACAGGAUACUUCUGCGAAAACGCUUGCCCAUAUGGAUUGUUCGGACAAGAUUGUACUGAUGAAUGUAACGACACGUGUUCGGGCUGCAACAAUGUGAAUGGUGUGUGUGACAGAGGAUGUCAUCCAGGUUGGAGGGGAGAUUACUGUGAUAAAGCUUGUGACAAUGGAUUGCAUGGUGCUGACUGUAACGAAGUAUGUGGUCAGUGCCGUAACGAAAGCACGUGCGUUCAUACCAACGGAACCUGCAUAACUGGAUGUGAUGCUGGUUAUGAAGGCGAUAUGUGUAAAACACCCUGUCCGUAUGGAUUCUUCGGACAAGAUUGUACCGGUGUAUGUAACGACAACUGUACGGGCUGCAACAAUGUGAAUGGUGUGUGUGACAGAGGAUGUAAUCCAGGCUGGAUGGGGGACUAUUGUGAUAUAGGUAGGUUAGCUUGCAUAGAAUCCGUCUAUGUUGUUGAUAUGAUACAACUUUAUUCAUAUUACAUAUCCAUAGUAGCUAUAUUUGUUUGACGAUAUACCUUUUUCAGUUAUAAGUGACUUCAAAUCAUUGAUGCAGGAUAGAUCUCCAACAGAUUUGUUAAUACUCGAAACAGGUUUAAUUGAUUUUAUGUUUUGAACAUGUUUAAAGCAUUACUAAUCAUGAUUUAUGCCUUUGCAGUUUGAUAUAUGGUAGGUAAUAACAACGUUUCAAAUAAUAGAUAUGUUGAUACACUCCUAAGUUUAUACACCUCAACAUAAACACUGUAAGCAGAUUCACAAAGUCUUUACACAAAAGGAAAUGAAAGUCAUUAUGAAGGUCACAACUUUACUCUGCAUUCAUAUAACUGUGGUAAUGGUGCAUCAGAAAAAUCCAUUUGCCUAAUACAACUGACAAAUACUAAAUCUCACUUCAACAACGUCGCGGAUCUUUAAAAGUGUAUCAGUUUGUGUCCAGUUAAUGUUGGACGUAUAUCAAAGAAUGUGCUGUUGGUCAAUAUUACACCAGUAACAAACAACUAGUGUCCACAAAACAAAACAAAACAAACAAACAAUAAAAAACAUAGAGGGACGGAGGCAGAGAAACUGAGAGAGAGAGAGAGAGAGAGAGAGAGAGAGAGAGCGAAAUGAUGUAAAUCCAAUCUGCCUUUAUAAUAUGAAAUUAUCGAUUCGGGAAUUCACUGUACGCGUUUUUUUUCAAAUAUGACACAUGUAUCCUUGAGGUAUAACUGGUAGGUAUUUAGCAGAUAAAAGAACAAGAAUUGCUCAAUUGGUAAGUAAUGCAACUUUGAUUAAAAAAAACCUUUUUGAUUGUGCUGAUUACAACCUAAAAAGGUUUUUUUUUUCAUAUUAUAAUAUUUAAAGUGCGCAAUUGUGACUAAACAUGAACAAUUUUGCUUUAAUUUUUAGAAUUUUAUACAACCUAAUUUUAUCUGAUUUGCCAUUGAUAACUUUACAUUAUCUUAUACCUAUUUAUUUUUUUAAUGUCAUGAUACAUACAUUUUGAGAUUUUAUAUAUAUUUUUGUAAGAUAAUAUGUUAAUUUAGAGAUUAUUUUAUUUAAGAAUAUCAUAUAUAUUUUUUUUAACAAAGUAGCGUGGUGUUUAUAUAUUGACAUUGUUAAUAAUGUAAUUAACAACUCAAAAAAGUAAAGCAACGUAUAUUAAUGUAAAGAAACGUAUUUUAGGUUCUUUUUGUUCAACAAUAUCAACCGCUCUCUGUUCAAUUUUUUUUUCAAAUCACGUUUUCAAAGAGGUUACUCACUGAGGGAAAUCACCAACCUUUGAAGAGAUAAGUACUAACUUAUAACGUUGAUAUCCAUUACACCAGCAAACCCGCUGAGAUUUCGUCAUCUGACACCAUCUUUCGAUAAUACCGGAUGAAUGUAACCUGCAAAUCGACGACAGACAACAAGAAACACCUAACGCUUGUGUCCGUUCACCGUACACACCUAGGGAGUAAUUUGGUCGCAAAAGAAGGAUGACACUUCCUAAGAAACCAGCCAUGUUGAGUUGCCUGUCCGUAUGGAUUCUUCGGACAAGAUUGUACCGGUGUAUGUAACGACAACUGUACGGGCUGCAACAAUGUGAAUGGUGUGUGUGACAGAGGAUGUAAUCCAGGCUGGAUGGGGGACUAUUGUGAUAUAGGUAGGUUAGCUUGCAUAGAAUCCGUCUAUGUUGUUGAUAUGAUACAACUUUAUUCAUAUUACAUAUCCAUAGUAGCUAUAUUUGUUUGACGAUAUACCUUUUUCAGUUAUAAGUGACUUCAAAUCAUUGAUGCAGGAUAGAUCUCCAACAGAUUUGUUAAUACUCGAAACAGGUUUAAUUGAUUUUAUGUUUUGAACAUGUUUAAAGCAUUACUAAUCAUGAUUUAUGCCUUUGCAGUUUGAUAUAUGGUAGGUAAUAACAACGUUUCAAAUAAUAGAUAUGUUGAUACACUCCUAAGUUUAUACACCUCAACAUAAACACUGUAAGCAGAUUCACAAAGUCUUUACACAAAAGGAAAUGAAAGUCAUUAUGAAGGUCACAACUUUACUCUGCAUUCAUAUAACUGUGGUAAUGGUGCAUCAGAAAAAUCCAUUUGCCUAAUACAACUGACAAAUACUAAAUCUCACUUCAACAACGUCGCGGAUCUUUAAAAGUGUAUCAGUUUGUGUCCAGUUAAUGUUGGACGUAUAUCAAAGAAUGUGCUGUUGGUCAAUAUUACACCAGUAACAAACAACUAGUGUCCACAAAACAAAACAAAACAAACAAACAAUAAAAAACAUAGAGGGACGGAGGCAGAGAAACUGAGAGAGAGAGAGAGAGAGAGAGAGAGAGCGAAAUGAUGUAAAUCCAAUCUGCCUUUAUAAUAUGAAAUUAUCGAUUCGGGAAUUCACUGUACGCGUUUUUUUUCAAAUAUGACACAUGUAUCCUUGAGGUAUAACUGGUAGGUAUUUAGCAGAUAAAAGAACAAGAAUUGCUCAAUUGGUAAGUAAUGCAACUUUGAUUAAAAAAAACCUUUUUGAUUGUGCUGAUUACAACCUAAAAAGGUUUUUUUUUUCAUAUUAUAAUAUUUAAAGUGCGCAAUUGUGACUAAACAUGAACAAUUUUGCUUUAAUUUUUAGAAUUUUAUACAACCUAAUUUUAUCUGAUUUGCCAUUGAUAACUUUACAUUAUCUUAUACCUAUUUAUUUUUUUAAUGUCAUGAUACAUACAUUUUGAGAUUUUAUAUAUAUUUUUGUAAGAUAAUAUGUUAAUUUAGAGAUUAUUUUAUUUAAGAAUAUCAUAUAUAUUUUUUUUAACAAAGUAGCGUGGUGUUUAUAUAUUGACAUUGUUAAUAAUGUAAUUAACAACUCAAAAAAGUAAAGCAACGUAUAUUAAUGUAAAGAAACGUAUUUUAGGUUCUUUUUGUUCAACAAUAUCAACCGCUCUCUGUUCAAUUUUUUUUUCAAAUCACGUUUUCAAAGAGGUUACUCACUGAGGGAAAUCACCAACCUUUGAAGAGAUAAGUACUAACUUAUAACGUUGAUAUCCAUUACACCAGCAAACCCGCUGAGAUUUCGUCAUCUGACACCAUCUUUCGAUAAUACCGGAUGAAUGUAACCUGCAAAUCGACGACAGACAACAAGAAACACCUAACGCUUGUGUCCGUUCACCGUACACACCUAGGGAGUAAUUUGGUCGCAAAAGAAGGAUGACACUUCCUAAGAAACCAGCCAUGUUGAGUUGGGAGAAGUACAUCCUAACUGUAUCGUGGUGGAUAUCAAAGAACACCUGAAGAUCCGCUCUCUUAAAACAAUGCUCUUCCUUAUAUCAAAUGUAGAUUUAUGCUAUGGAGUUCUACGAUCAAACUGUCGCUGUCAAAACUGUACACAAUUUUUGAAAAAUAUUCUCAGAAUGCAUAAUGUUGCUUGUUUUCCUUCUCCGAACUAAGUAAUUACGUAUGGGAUCAUUUAAAGCAGUAUUUUGAAAAGCCAACUGUGGUUACAAAUAUGAUUGUUAUAGUUACAUGAAUAUCUAUAUCAAUGAAGUCAUUUGAUGCUCAUUUGUAAAAAAAAAUAGGAUUUAACUAAAUAUAUAUUCCCUUUAUAUAACCAAAUUAUGUGCCCCUUUUACAUUUUUCUUGCAAUAUAUAUAUAUAUAUAUAUAUAUAUAUAUAUAUAUAUAUAUAUAUAUAUAUAUAUAUAUAUAUAUAUAUAUAUAUAUAUAUAUAUUUCACCUUGCUGCCUUACCGGAUAUGUGACUGCCGUUCAUACAGCGUAUGAUGCUUUUUGUCGUUGUUCUGCUCUGAACAGAACAUAGCUUUAAUUUUGUCCUUUUAGAUACUGUGUAAUUUUAAUUUUGUGUUAUCUAAUGUUAUUUGUAAUUACCAAUGAAAAUCAAAGUAGACAUCCUUAGCAUGUAUGGUCUAUCUUUGUUGCUUUGGUUUGCAGGGCUGAAUCAGUUCUAUUGUGAAUGGCGAAAUGUAUAUUAUUUUGCCCUCAUCUAUUCUGAGUAUUUGUAUUAUUUAUUGAGAGGUAUCCAACUAUCAAUGUCAGAAUGAAAUUAGUCUGCCUUCAUCGUUGGCCUUUUAUACAAAUGUUAUUCUGCAAAUAUAUUGUUAUACCGGUUGUCUGAUUAGAUCUCUACUCUUCACCUCUUAUGUUCAGAAUUUAAUCUGGAUUUAUGUUUAUACAUUUUCAUUUGCUGCUUUUGUUUUAUUAUACUCCUUGCCAAGCAGCCUUCGGGUGGGCGGUUUGGUGGCCUAGUUUUUUGGUUUUUUACCCACCUUUUUUGUGGGCAGGCAGGUUUUUUUAUGCUUGUUUUUACUUAUGCGUCUACAGUAGGGGUCUGUCAUGUAUUUUUUGUACAUGUGUUACAUAAAAUUUCUAGUCCUUCAGCCCCUAUGUUGUGUUUUUUGAACAAGAAGUCACGCAAUUGCUGUGCAGUGAAAUUUGUACCCACCGUCCACCCCUUAUACCUCCUUAGAUAGUUUAUAUUUAUAUUUGUAAUUUUUGGCCUAGUUUUUUUUUUUUUUUUCUACCCACCUUUUUGUGGGCAGGCAGUUUUUUUGGAUGUUUGUUUUUACUUAUGUGACCACAGUAGGGGGUCUGUCAUGUAUUUUUUGUAUAUGUUGAUAGACUAUGUAACAUGUUUUUGAAUGCCCCCUAUUUUGUAUAUACGGUAUCUUUUCGUCAUUUACUAAAUAAAUGACAGUUUUUUAUUCUUACACAUGUGUUCUUUUUUAUGCCUGCUUAAGCAAAAACAAGCUCAAUGUCCUUGGCUAGAACAUAAAAGCUAAGGAACAUAAAAAAAAUUAUGACGUUAAUUGUGGUUUACAUACGAAUAUCUCGUAUAUCACUUUAUUGUUAACUUAAGAAGUAUGCCACAAACGCAUUAUCAAUCCUGCUUUCUGUUUUGGUAAAUGUUUUAUUCUUUAUUAGAAUUUUUUUAUAAUAAUGAUAUACUUUGAAAGCAUAUGUAAAAUAAAACGGGUGCUGUUUUA